AAUUAGAAGGUGAAAUGGCCACUUGGGUUUGAUGAAUCUUUGUCAAUGCCUUUUGGAGUCGUGAUAAAAAGGAAUCAAUUUUAUAUCCUUUCAACAUGUUUGACUUUGACUUUGCUUAGAGCUAAAGAGCAAGUCUUUUCUUAGCUUAUUUUUCUUCCAUCCCUUGACACGUUAAACAAAAUUCUUCAACUUUUUUUUUUUUUGAGGGUUUUGGUUGUGCUAGAUUCUUUUUUUGGAGCCAAAGAAAUCAAGGGUGUUGCUGUUCUUCUUUGUUAUUUGCAUUCUUGAAUAGAUUAUUCAUUUUUAUACACAAAAGGGAGAGAGAAAAAAAAAAAAAAAAAAAAAAGCGUGAGAGAGGGAAUAUAUAGCUUUAUAGGACUGAAGAUAUUGUAACUUUUUGGUUAAUUAUGAGAUCUUAUCUCAUCUAGGUCUCUUCUACAGUCUUCUUCCACCCUUUGCUGCAGGUUGUUGAUUUGUCUGAGGUGAGUCAUUUCUCCACUUGGUUGAUUCUUUACCUUUUGUGCUUUAAAAACCUGCAAUUUAGUCCUUAUAUGUCAUGAUUUUUAUGUCAUCGUGAGCUGGAAAGAAUCUGGUUUUUUUUCCUCCUUUCUCUUUCUUUCUGUAUCUCUUUAUAUUCACUUGGUCUGGAGACAAAUUUGAUGCUUUUCACUCGUUUUUAGCUUAAACAUUCUGGGGUAGCGCAAUGCCAGGUGAGUGAUUUUGAUUGCUACUGUUUUUCCUGGUUUGACUUGCUUGCAUUGCAUUGAUGACAAAUGCAGCCGAACUGAUUUAACCUAUUGUAGGCAAUUGUGAUAUGCUGUUAAUAUGUUUGAACCCCUGUUAUUAUUUAUCAAACAUAAAAUAGUUGAUCUGCCUAGCUUCUAGAGUCAUGUUAGCAUUCUUCUCUUCUAGGCUGCUUUUAAUCCGCUUUGAUUAUAUUCUUUGGGAACCGGUUUUGGCUGAAUAAUAUGACAGUUACUGGCAUUGUCUCCCAUUAUGUUAUUUUUGCUGCGUUUUGAUAAUCUUCUAUAUUAGAACGGUGAAUCUUCUGUCAAGCUAUGUUCAUUGAUGAUUCUUCACUUAAAAGUGUAUAUUUCUCCCAUUUAUGUAGCGUGAGUUGUAUAUUUUCCUUCAUUUUGGCCUACAUUUUAAUUUACUGCAUUUAAAAAAAAAAUCAUUUAGAUUUUGCAAUAUCUGUGUUUAUUUGCUUCCAUGUAUGUUCUAUUUGCAGGCAGAAACCUUACUGAUUAUGAGCAGAUAACAUCCUGCAUAAUGGAUUGGAUUAAAAAAAUUUUCAAGGGCUGUACACAUAAAUUUUCAGAGAGACAUUAUCAUGGACAUUAUGCGGAGGAUCCUCAAUUUUAUUCACCUUCUGGCUCAGGGGAUGCAUGGCAGGAGCAUGAGAAUGAAGAGAUAGAUCAUGCUAUUGCCCUCUCCCUUCUAGAGGAAAGUCAGAAGAGGAGAAAGUUUAUAGAUGAUGAAUCUCAAGAAGAGGAAGAUGAGCAACUUGCGAGAGCUACACAAGAAAGCUUAAACUUUGAACCUCCUCUCCAAUAUGAAAAUGCAAAUACAUAUCAACCUAUCCCAGUCCAUUUUCCGAUGGGAUACAGGAUUUGUGCUGGUUGCGAUACUGAGAUUGGUUAUGGAAGAUUUCUAAAUUGCCUUAAUGCAUUUUGGCAUCCAGAAUGUUUUCGCUGCCAUGCUUGUAGCCUCCCAAUUUCAGACUAUGAGUUCUCUAUGUCUGGGAAUUACCGUUUUCAUAAAUCUUGCUACAAGGAGCGCUACUAUCCAAAAUGUGAUGUCUGCAACAACUUUAUUCCAACAAACCCUGCUGGUCUUAUUGAAUAUAGGGCACAUCCUUUUUGGACCCAGAAGUACUGUCCUUCUCAUGAACAUGAUGGUACUCCACGAUGUUGCAGCUGUGAGCGAAUGGAGACACAAGAAACAGGGUGUGUUGCCCUUAAUGAUGGACGGAAGCUCUGCCUAGAGUGUCUAGACUCUGCAAUAAUGGAUACCAAGCAAUGCCAUCCCCUUUAUCAGGAUAUACAAGAGUUUUAUGAAGGUUUAAAUAUGAAAGUGGAGCAGCAAGUUCCGUUACUCCUGGUUGAAAGGCAAGCUUUGAAUGAAGCCAGAGAAGGAGAAAAGAAUAGCCAUUAUCAUAUGCCAGAGACUAGAGGACUCUGCCUUUCUGAGGAACAAACUGUCAGCACUAUUCUAAGGCGACCGAGAUCUGGGACAGGAAAUCAAGCCAUGGACAUGUUAACGGAGCCCUACAAAUUGGCACGUCGAUGUGAAGUGACUGCGAUUCUCAUUUUAUAUGGCCUGCCAAGGUUACUGACCGGAUCAAUCUUAGCCCAUGAGAUGAUGCAUGCAUGGAUGCGACUUCAAGGUUUCCCGACUCUUAGUCAGGAUGUCGAGGAGGGUAUUUGUCAGGUGUUAGCACACAUGUGGUUACUUACCCAGCUCAAUUCUUCUUCAAGCAGCAAUGUUGCAUCAACUUCAUCCUCCACAUCUAGUAGGUUAAAAAAGGGCAAAAGACCCAACUUUGAGACGAAGCUUGGGGAGUUCUUCAAGCACCAAAUUGAAUCAGACACUUCCCCUGUAUAUGGAGAUGGUUUCAGAGCAGGCCAUCAGGCAGUUUAUAAAUAUGGUCUUGGAAGAACGCUUGAACAUAUUCGGAUGACUGGGAAGUUUCCUUACUGAAAUCCCAAACCCCGUACUCUCAAACUCGCUUCUCUAUUCUUUAAAAGAGUUAAAAGCUUGGCCUUUUCCUAUUAGAACCAAAGGCCAAAGCACAAAGGAUCAUAUCUUUAUAGGGUAGGUUGCAGAAGUACUACUAGUUUUCAUUCCUUGUGGCUGUCAGUGACAUUCUUUAUGAAAUUUUUAAUCAAUUUUAUC